GAAUACGUCAUCACCGCUGCAGCCUUGGCAUCGUCAAUAACGGGCUACAUGGACAACCUGACAGGGUACGCCUUCAGGAACUUUACUGUAGAAGUCUUAAUGGACGGUCAGUUGUGGGAUGUUCCUUUUAUAGCACCAUAUCCGAAUGUAUUCGCUCCUGUCGCGGUAAUUGUGGUCACUCUGUUUGUGAUUAUGGGAGCUGAUGUAUCAUCGUGGGUCACCGCCAUCUGCAUGACCGUAAACUUUGGCGUCAUCGCCGUAAUCGUCGUCAUGGGUUUCAUGAAUGCUGAUAUCAGCAACUGGGAAGACUACGGCGGGUUUGUUCCGUACGGAACUUCGGGCGUGAUCGCCGGGGCGGCCACGCUCUUCUUCUCGUUCGUCGGUUUCGACGCCAUAGCGAUGGCCAACGAGGAGACGGUGAACCCUAGGCAGAGUAUCCCGAGGGCUACCGUUAUAGCUAUCCUGUUCACCGCCAUCUGCUACAUCCUUGCAUCCGCUGUCCUCACCCUGGUCGUGCCCUACACGGAGCUGGAUGAACUGUCGGCGUUCGCCAGUGUCUUCCAGGCACGUGGGAUCGAGUGGGCGAGGUGGGUGGUGGGUGUGGGUGCUCUUUGUGCCAUGUUUUCAGCCCUUGCGAUGAAUCUCUACUGCACCCCAAGAUCAAUAUACGCCAUGGCAUCCGACGGUCUGCUCUUUAGUUGCCUCAGCACUGUCAAUAGCUAUUUCCGUGUCCCAAUUUAUGCCACUCUAUUCGCUAUGUUUUUUGUGACCAUACCCGCUACGUUCGUUCCUCUACCCGAACUUGUUGAAUUCAUCUCCAUCGGUGUGCUCUUUGGAUACGCCUUUGUAGCAGGUGCCAUGAUCCUGCUCCGGUACGGACCAGAUAUCCUGAGAGAAGAUUCUGAGGACGGACUGGAAAUGCCCUCCUUGGGACAACAAGCUCCGGACGCUACUAACCAACAGCCCGUUGAUGAUAAUUCCGCGCUCUUGGACACCACAUCCGCAGACACUCCUGGGGCCCUGAAACAUCGGUUUCGUUCAACGCCUCUCCUACGCGAACUCGGGCGCUUUGACCCAGGGUCGACUGUCAUGGUCAGCCUCCUAUGUUCGGUGUUCUUCACAUUCUGCACCUUAGCCCUCGCAGAACACGCUACCAAGGAACUCGCAGCUGGUGAAUGGUGGGUGAUUCUGCUUCUCAUCUUGUUUAGUUUCUGCGCCGUCGGGACGUUUCUGGUCAUCCCUCUUCAUUAUCAGAACAGAGAUACAGGAGAAUACUACCGGGUUCCUUGGGUUCCUCUCAUUCCUUGGCUUAGCAUUGUGUGUAAUAUAGUACUCAUACUAAAACUCCGGGAAGUCACGUUGUUACGUUACCUGAUCUGGCUGGUAGCCGGUCUAACCAUCUACUCGAUAUAUGGAUACCGGCACAGCAAACUUGGGAGGAGCCUGCAACGAAAUGAUAGUCCGGAAGAACAUCGCUCUGACGAGGGAGCAGCUGGAAGUAGCGCCACCUACAUGUCUGUGUAUACCAAUUAAACGUUCACGCACACACACACGCACACACACACAAACACACACACACACACACACACACGUACACAAACGCACAGAUAUUUACACAACAACCAGGACUGCACACUUACGUAUUGGUAAAUUAAAAAGAAGAAGCAAUAAUUAAGAUACUCCGUACAAGAAUGUAAUAUAUUUACAGAUUUUAGCCCUUAGGGCUUUAUCAAGUAAUGAUUUUAUUACAGUUUGAAAUUGUUAUGCGUCAAUACACACACACGGAUGCACACACGCAUAUAAUAUAUAUAAUGAGACAUUUAUAAUGCGUAACUUAUCAACCAGAUGGUGCUCAAGGCGCUUACGAAACAAAUGAAAUGUAAUUCAAUAAAUAUGCAAUUUAUUGAACAUGGUUGUAGCAUAUCAAAGUCUGUGGGAUAUCAACUGCAGAACGUUGGGUUUAUACGAAAAUCUUUGACUCGACAACUAUGUGCACAAUUAAUCCAUGCAUUAAUCUCAUAUCGCUUAGAUUUUUUAUAAUUUUAUUCUUUUUUGACUCACCAAACAGCAGCAAGUCAGACUGCAAUCCCUCCAAAAUUCCAGUGCAAGUCUCCUUACUUUCACACCAAGAAUGCCCUCUAAUUCGCCUAUAUUAUGCUCUCUUCACUGGCUACCUGUCCAGGGGAGGGUCCACUUCAAAAUUAUGUUACUUGUUUAUCGGGCCCUCCAUAGAAUUUCGCCUCAAUAUAUUGAAGAUUCGCUACACCUCUAUAAUCCGACUCGUACCUUAAGAUCUGGAAGUGAUAAUUUGCUGCAAAUUCCCCGCAUCCAUCAUUCAUGGUGAGACAAUGCUUUUUCGCAUGCAUUAUGGAAUAAGCUUCCCCAAUCACUUCGCUGUAUUGCAACAUACUCCAACUUUAAAGAUCGUCUUAAUCUGUAACCCAGUAUUUCCUUAAGUUGUAUAAGUUCAUUUUACUAAAUCUAUCAUUAAUAUUGUAUUUGUAUAUACAUCUGAACUUAAUUAGUAAUCACCCUUUAGUCUCUUUGGCUGCCCAUGUGGGGCCUGGUGGCCUCGGAUGCUAGAGCUCCUGUGAAUCAUGUGCUGACUGGACUAGUCCCUGACAUUGUCAGUGAACGGAGCAGCUGGAGGGUAUCGGGCCACACCGGGCAGAGCUGAGGAUUGAAAUGGGUGAUACAAAUGUUGCAAUUUUUUUUCAAAUUUAUGAUGGUAUAACUCUAUUAUCAAAAAAAAACAUUUACUUUAUUUGUAGAACUGUUGCUGAGCUAGCACCAUGAGCGUCCCUGGACAGUGUGUGCGCUUUAUAAAUGUACUAUUAUCAUUAUUAUUAUUAUUAUUAUUAACACAAAUACUUUCAGAGAACAAAAUGUAUUUCGGAGAAACCUGUUGUCGUUAGAAAUGUUUUUAGAUGUUCCUUAAAGCGAUCUACAGUAAAACUGUUUUUACAAUGUUUCAUGAUAUAUAUUCACACUAUAUAGAGAAGCAAUGAAUUUGAAGAUACGAAAAUUGUUUUUCUCGUGCAAUUAAUUUCUUACCACAUAUCUAUGAGACCUCUUUCUACUGAUAUUUUGUAUAAACUAUUAUUAUUAUUAUCAUUAUUAUUUAUAUAAAUUCAUAUGUAUAUGCGUGUAUACGUUAUUCUUAUUUUCUUUGUUCGAAUCACUUCACAAAGACUAAAUGUUUGAAUCUAAUAUGUUGGUGAUCUAAUAAAAAGUCUUGGAUUAAAAGGA